GACGGACGACACACCGAACGGGUGAGCAGAUCCCAUCAACCAUCACCACGACGCCGAGGGUUCACUCCAUUGAUGGGUUGGUUGUCAACCGAUCGACGACCGCAUUCACGGAAGAACAAUUGACACACCUCAACAAGGGGCUAGGAUACGCGGUUACAACCAAGCCAGACGUGGAGCAGAUCAUCAUUGACGUAGAAACAGCGAUUACCAAGACGCUUCCAACAACAUCACAGAAUACGGUUAGGACUAUCACAUCGAACAUAAUCAAGGACGGACAGGACGGACGCGCCAACGAAAAAGAAAUUCGGAUUGUAAAGGAGCUAAAAAGUAAAGCAGUAUACUACGUAAAGGCAGACAAGGGAAACGCGGUCGUUAUCAUGGACAAGGACGAUUACGAUAAUCAAAUGACAACGAAGAUUAACAACGGACCGUAUAGACAGCUUCGAGUAGACCCCUUACAGAACAUAGUGAAACGCGUGGAGAAAGCACUGAAGGAGUGCAAAUCGAUAUUAGGAGAUGGAGCAGGUCGUAUACGGGAACCCAAUCCCAUUCUACCCAGGAUCAAAGGUCUUCCCAAAGUCCACAAACCAGGAAAUGAAAUGCGAGAGAUCGUGUCUGCAGUUGGUUCCCCCACCCACAAACUAGCGAAGUGGCUAGUCAAAGAGUUCCAGAGUAUGCCGAAUCAGUUCCAGAGUAAAGCAGUUAGUAACACCCAGGAGUUCACCCAGCAACUACAAUCUUCAGGAGACAUCAACGAGGACGAGAUUAUGGUAUCUUUCGACGUCACAGCUCUUUUUCCCAGCGUACCGGUCAAGGAAGCGAUCAACCAUUUGGAGGACUGGCUAUUAACACAACGAGAUGAUGCAGCAUGGAGAAACAAGGUUCGGACGUACCUUAAGCUGACCCGCCUUUGUAUGGAAGAGAACUACUUCUCUUUCCGAGGUAUUCCACUAAGACGCCCACAUUCAUCAGGAUCCCGAACUUGCUUUUCUCAACUUACAGAAAGCAACAGCAACCUACAGCAAAAGCAACAAAGUAAGUACGGGAACAAAUCUAGUGAGCCAACUUGA